AUGGGGGGCAGUGGGCAGGGGGGCUCAAACCAAACGGAAACCAUGGCGGGACAGCGCCGACCGCCAUCAGCAACGUCGUCUCCUAACCCUAAGGGGGAUAGGGAGGCCCAACAAAGCAAGAAGAGAGUGAAGCAGACGGUCCCGGAGCAACAGAGCUCCAUUGACUCCGACGUACAGUUUGAAGAUGUCGAUAACGGGGCAGAGAAAGGUAGCUACCAUCGUGACCAGCCUCCCCCGCAAAAAGCUUGGGGAUCAGGGGUGGGUGCUGCCCGGCGUUUGUUCGGAGAUAUGCAGCGACUGGAGCCUUGGUACAUAUCUGACUCGGACUCCGAGGAUAUAGCGACAGGAAUGCGGGAGGAUGGCAGGGACGAAGGGUCCGAACCGGAUGAUGAUCCUCUGUGCCCGAACAUCCACUUCUCAUCAGCUGAAGAAAGGCAUUUUUGCAGGGAAUGGCGCUCCGCGCUCGUAGUUAAAGCCCUAGGUCGCUCUGUAUCGUAUACGGGAAUCUCGAAGCGGCUGAAUGAUCUUUGGGCUCGGGUUGGAGGGAUUCAAGUCUCGUCAGUCAAGAAUGGAUAUUUCUUGGUGCGAUUCACAAGCGGGAUUGACUAUGAGCGUGCUCUAACGGGUGGUCCGUGGAUGAUGUGA